AGUUUGAAUCCGGAAGCUUCUGCGGUCAUGUGUUUCCAGCCGGUUGUAAUUUUAGGAAGCACCGGACACGAUCAUGUCGAGGCACCUUCGCUUCAUCGCGCGGACUGUUAUGGUACAGGACGGCAACGUCGAUGAGGCGUACAAGAUUUUAAACAGGAUCCUAACCCAUGAUGGAAUAGUUGAUGCAGUGAAGCGCAAGCGUUACUACGAGAAGCCCUGCCGAGAGCGACAGCGGAAGAACUUUGAGAACUGCAGGCGGAUCUACCACUCUGAAAUGGCUCGGAAAAUCACCUUCAUUUCCAUGACAAACCGAGAGGAUCCUUGGCUCGGCUGCUAGUCGUGUGAUGGGACAGGAUCUUAUUAAUGGACUUGUUGAGAUGGGGGCCAGUCAAAUAUGGCACUGAAAAGUGGAUUUCAUUGUUUGUCAAUUCAUUUAGAGUCAACGUUGGAUAUCUUUUACAUUUUCAUCCGCAAAAUCUAGCAUGAAAUGUGCUCAUGCUCAUUUGUGGUGUUAAUAGUAACAUUUAAUAAAUAGUCAACAACA